UUGCGAGUGGGGCUCCACUGUGGGUAGGGGGAAAUCUUUACAGUGUCCUGUUUCAGCGUUGUGAGGAGGAAGUGAGAAAGAAGCUUCUGUACAUCCUCAUAAAACCCUGUUGUUCCUGUCUCACUGAUUCAUUAGAUAUUUGAAAGUGUUCAGUCACCGUCACUGUACUGCAAAGUCUUUGUCAUUUGAACACAUUUUAAAGACUUAAGCCAUUCAAGAGCGAUGCAAGGACCAGAAUUGGUUGACUCGAGGAGUCGUUUUCGAUUUAUUGAAUCCUGUCUCGGCUUGAUGGGCUGUUUGUGCAUCAGCUAUGCGAUCUGGACACCCGGGUGGCUGGAUGACCGGGGUCUGUGGACCUCAGAGAAUCAGACCAGACUGGAUGACACCUGGACUACUGAAGACAUUACUAAAGCUCUGGAAGCUGAGAGAGUGUUUGCAGCGGUGGCUUUCCUCAUGUCGGUGAGCUCUGGACUGCUGUGUCUCAUGUUCGCUUUCUGCUGGAGGUCUCAAACCGUGCGUUCCUACUCGAACAUUCGCUCGCUGCAGAUGGCAGGCCAGUCGCUCAACCCGUCCACUCUGCUGCUGCUCACACUAGUACCUACAGGGUUUUUAUUUUUUCUCAGCUGGGCGCUUUUUACCUAUCAACAUAUUGGUGAGAUCAGGGAUGACAUCAGUCGACUCGGCCCAUCCUAUUGGCUGGGAGUGGUGGGUUGGGCCUUGCUAUUGGCCGUGCUGCCUGUAGUCUUUCUGGCGGAGAAGUUUGUGGUUCCUGACAUCCUGCCGGAGUUUAAAAAGGCUGCUGAAAUGUGGUGGAAGGCUCCGGAGGUUGCACAUGUGUGAUCGUUCAGUGAGGGUUUCCAUCAUUCACAGUAUAAGUCUCAUCCUGAUGUUAGGAGAUAUUUGUCAGUGCCUUGAACGAGAGGAAGGAGAUAGCAAGGAAAUACAAAAGAGAAGAGACUAUGGUCUGGCUGGUCUUCUAGCCAAAUAUAUGAGCUGAGCAAAUGUCUCACAACAGGACCUGGAUGAGAAACCUUUAACUGCUUUCUGGGAUGUGGGACACAAAGCUACAGGUUAUAAGGUUGGGUGCUGGCUUUGACAGUGGUUUCACAGCUGUAUUUGGACAAGGACACCCAUAAAUGUGGUUAAUGGAGUACCAGAGUUCACUAUCUGUGUGAGACAUAAAGCUAAAAAGGAUCUUCUUGAAGUUGCAGACAAACUAUUUCUCAAUAACUUUUCGUAGCCGUUGUCCGCAAUUAUUCUGCGAAUUAUACAGUGACUUCAUGGCAUAAAUCUGUUGUGGUUUGUUCAGCUGUGCCUUUAGCACAGUAAACUAAACAGUGUUUCCUUUCAUCAUUAUAAAAAG